AAACAGUCCAAAUAUGACAAUGCUGCGUUCUUUCCAAGCAUAAUGCUUGGCUAGUGAUGGUGUCCAGUUGGCCAAAUGCCUCCUGCUUGCUUGGGCUGGCUGGAGCAGGAGCCACAGCGAUGGAGGUGGCACCGCAGAACCUCUUCGUUUGGAAUCCGCAUUGGCAGUGCUUUGUUUGGAACCAAAACGACUGUGCAGAAAACGUUGAGGAGGCGUUGAACAUGUUCUUGGUGGCGUUCGAUGUGGACCUGGCGGCCGUCAUCGAACUCGAUGAUGCCAGUUACCAGAGCCCGUCUGGCUGGGAUUUCAUCGUGGGUAAAUGUGGCCACGACUUGGUGCACUUGUUCUACAACACCUUGCGGUGGACGCCCAGUGGCCCACAAUCGAUCGGCUGCAUGCAGACAGAUCCCGGCGAUCGACCGUUUGUUAUCCAGCAGUUUGUUGGUACCAGCGGCGACAAGGUGAUUGCAGUGGCUGCUCACUUUCCACAUCCCACCUUUUCAACGGAGGUUUCGGUGUAUGUGCAAACCGCCCAAACGGAGCACCUGCGAACGGCCUUGGAAGCCGUGCGGCGAGAGAGUGGCAUCGACAAGGUGGUGCUCAUGGCUGACACCAACGCCUGGAGCUGGAUCUCCAAUGAAUUCAUAUGGCGGCAGCAGCUUGGACUCCCAGGUUCCUUGGUGAGCACACGACUCAUGCAGACUUGCUGUUUGGAUGCCGACUUCCCCCCGGCCUUUACCUUCGACCGGAUCAUGGCGAACUUCGGGGAUGACAUCCAAUCGACUGCCUUGUACAUGGGCGACCUGCCCAACUGGACACAUCAAGUCAAAGGCACGAAGAUUGGGGCCUUCCACCGGCCGGUCUUUGCUCGACUCGAGCGGCGGGCACUGGAGAGCUCUCCGUCUGGCGUGUGGAUUGCCAUGAUCUUGCUGUUGAUCAGUACGAUCAUCCUGGCAGUGAUCCUACUGGCGGUUGUGCUGAAGAAGGUUUGCAAGCGAGUUGAAUAUUUGGACUCUUCAACUUCCUCUUCAGGGGAGGAGGACGAACACAGCUCCUAGAGGAUGCUGAGCGUUUCACCAACCUAGACUCAAAGGGAGGUCUUUCAGCCGAGCCAACUCAGCGCUGGACUCCAUAGAUAUCCAUAGAACAA